AUGGGGGGUGGAAGUCAACAAGAACAUGAUGCUGUUCCUGCAAGAGUCCUCAACCCACCCAACGUCCUAUAUGGUCAAGGUAAGAGCUUGCGAGCAAAUUUCGGAGGUUGGAAUUUGAAGGCUGUUCAAUUCUCGAGACCUGGCAAACCCCUUAAAUCCUGGUCCGUUGUUUCCUUUGACGAUAGAUGCAACGUCCAAGAUAUGCGUAAGUUUACAAGCCCCUUCACAUCGGUUCUGAGUCAAUACGGCUGCAAGGUCGAGAAUAGACAGCCUGACUGCUUCACUUGGGAUCCGCAUGGUAAAACCUUCCUCGGCGGAAUCAAGGGCGGUCUCCAAGAGGCGGCUAGGAAAGCUUAUAUGAAAUCAAAGCUGAACCCUCAAUUGAUCGUUGUCAUUAUGCCGAAAAAAGAUGCUCCCAUGUAUAAGGCAAUCAAAGCCAAUGCUGCGGAAGGGCUCUUGAAACCUGUAGUAACCCAAUGCUUACAAUCUGCGAAGAUCAAGAGUGAUAGAGGAAUCGAUCAAUACUGUGGUAACGUCGCCAUGAAACUUCACGCCAAGCUCGGUGGUAUAACUCACGUUGUUAAUCAUGGAAUUGAGAAGAAUACGAUGAUGGUUGGAGCAGAUGUUACUCACCCUCCUCCCAAAGAUGGUCUUCUUUCUCCUUCAAUCGCUGUCAGCAUCUCAGCUAUCAACGGUGAAAAUAACAAAUUUACGCCUGCGAUCAGACAACAAGAAGGGAGGGUAGAGACCAUACAAGAUCUCGAGAACAUGAUGUACGAUCACAUCGUUACCUUCGAGAAGAACACAAAAGCCAAGCCAGAGAAGAUCUUGUUUUUCAGAGAUGGUGUAUCCGAAGGGCAGUACGCUCAUUGUGUCCAGUACGAAGUAGAAGCAAUCAAAAGAGCUGCUAGACGAUUUGGGAAGUAUAUGCCAAAGGUCACUUUUGUCAUCUGUGCGAAGAGACAUGCCAUGCGAUUCUUCGCUGCAAAAGACGAAGACAGAGACAGAACUGGAAAUCUUCCUCCUGGUACCAUCGUUGAUAAACAAGUGACUUCUCCUAUGGUGCAUGAUUUCUAUUUACAAGCUCAUGCCGGUCUUCAAGGAACCGCUAGGCCUACCCACUAUGUCGUUGUCGCCGACGAGAACAAGUACACUGCUGACAAGUUACAAAAGCUUGUGAACGACUUGUGCUAUACUUUCGCUCGAGCUACGCGAUCUGUCUCUCUCGUUCCGGUUGCUUAUUAUGCAGACAUAGUCGCUGAAAAAGUCCGAGACUGGGUAUACAAUGAAGACACUACAACCGAAGCUGCUUCCACAGCUCCCUCAUCUGGCUCAGGAGGAAAGAGGGAAACGAUGACUUUUGACCCUCUCAAAAUUAAAAAACGAAUUGAAGCUGAUGUGGAAUUCAACAAUGUCGGUUGGUAUAUGUAA